UCAAAAUGUCACUUUGUUACUAUGGCGUCGCUUCCGUUAAUUCGUGUUGAUGAUAGAUAAUUUCUUUCUGUUCGAUUCUCAAACAUGACUGGUCUAACGAAUAGGGCCGUUGUUAUUGAUGGUCGAGGACAUUUAGUGGGUCGUUUGGCCUCCGUUGUUGCAAAAUAUCUUUUGCAAGGCGGCAAAGUGGCGGUUGUGCGUUGCGAAGAAUUGAAUCUUUCUGGUCAUUUUUACAGAAAUAAAAUCAAAUAUCUGGCUUAUUUACGCAAACGUUGCAAUGUAAAUCCUGCUCGAGGUCCGUUCCAUUUCCGUGCGCCUUCUAGAAUUUUCUACAAAGCAGUAAGAGGUAUGAUUCCUCACAAGACUAAACGUGGUCAAGCGGCUCUGUCACGUUUGCGAGUAUUCGACGGUAUCCCUUCACCUUACGACAAGCGUCGCCGCGUUUGCGUACCUAUUGCAAUGAGAAUUUUGACACUACGAUCGGAUAGAAAAUAUUGCAAUUUAGGUCGUUUGUCAAACGAGGUUGGCUGGCACCAUCAAGGCGUUGUCAAGAGUUUGGAACGAAAACGCAAAGCCAAGCUCCAAGUCAUACUUAAACACAAUAGACUCAUGAAAAAGUUGACUGUAAAAGCGCGUGAAAACAUCGCCAAACAGGCGGAACCUUUCAACAAAAUCAUUAGAUCUUAUGGAUAUGAAUGCUAAAAAGAAGAAAUUUUUUUAUUAAAUCGUGUUGUGCUUGAUUUAAAACUUGUCCAGAAUUUCUGUUAACUGCUAAGGAAAUAAAAGCAAUGGAAAGAGCA